AUGCCUCCCCCGACCGAGCCUCCCUCGGUCUGCGAGCUGCGGCGCUGCUGCGGCGCACACUUCAAGGAGGAGGCGUGGCUCGCGUGCCAGGCGCGCUACCUCAACCUGCGCCUGCUCAUCUUCAACCCGGCGGCACACUUCGCCAACCAGGCCGCGGCGUGCGGGCCGGAGCUGCCGGGCGAGCUGCCGCCGGGAGAGCGCGCGGCCGACAACCCGCCGCCGCCGCGGUACGUUGUCCUGAGGCACACUCACCGAGGCACCAAGGAGCAGCACUACGAGCUCUACGCGCUGGGCGAGGCCGCAGUCUUGGCCGAGGAGGCGCUGCCGACCGGGAUCAAGCGCGCGUUUGCCAAGGUGGUGCCGGGCGCGCUGGCGGCGGCGUGGCGUGAGCUGGGGCGCGAGGAGGCCUCGCCGCCGGCGGGGGCGAGUGUCUAG